CCUUGCACAUGCCUAUAACCCCAGUCCCCAGGCUGGGAUCUUAUUAUACAUAUUGAUCUACUAUUAGGUUUUCUCGUUUAACAUUGUAUCCUGAGAGUUCUUUCAUGUCACUGUAAAUACAGAGGUUUGUCUGAUUUGUUUUACACAUUAUUCCAUAGUGUGGAUACACCAGGAAUAUAAUUGAUCAAUUUCCUACUGAUGGACAUUCAGGUUAGUUUUACUUAUCUUUCUUUUUUCCUUUCUCUCUGUUGGCUGGAUGGGUCUUUCACUAUAUGAGCAUCCAAAUUUGUACUUUACUUAUAUUGUCUCCCCUGGACUUCAAGACUAAGGGACCAGGAACAUGCAAGAUGGAUUCUGCUGUAGGCAGAGUUUGUUACUUGAGGACAGGCAGGGCCACUGUGGCAGAUUUUCUAUGCUUCAGCUUCCUUCCUCCUACUUAGCCAUAUAAAGGAUGCAACUCUACCAGGGUCCUAGUCUUUGCCUUCCAAGGCCUUCUUGUUUAGCAAAAGGCAGACGUGUGAGUGACCCAUGGGAGGCAGAACAGCAUACAGGGAGGGGAAGCCUCUUGUCUCACUAACUGUGCCCGUUUUUCAUCCUAGCCCACCACUCACUGGAUUUGACACUGGGCAAGUUAUUUCACCUCCCCAAAAUCUUAGUUUCCCUACAUCUAAAAUGACUAUUUUUUUUCUCAUAGGGCUACUCUGAUAAACAACAGGAUUCAUAUAAUGUUCCUGGCACAUAGUGAUCUGUGAACAUUGAGUUUUCAGGAAACUAGCCAAUCAGGUGGGGACACAGGUUCUCUGAGGUUUUAAGUCUUCAUAAAUGAAGAGCAGAGCCCUGAAGAAUGGGCAGCAUUCCCCUGGCAGAGCUGGAGGAAAGCAUUUUAGUGCACAGAAAGGUAGAAGUGAAAGUCCUGAGUUGGAAAAGGGAGGCGUGUUUGGGGGUGGGGAGUAGUGUCCUGUGGCUGGCUGGAGGGUCACAUUCAUUAACCAGAGGAGGAAAGGCCUUUCUAGGAUGUAUGCAGGUGGUCUUCUGGCACAGAGGACAGAAAUCCAGGACACCUCCAGGGACUUGUGCCUCAAAGCUGAAGCUGCAGAUCCACCACAAGACCACCGUUGGGGUCAGCCAUGACCCCAACCUCAUCUCUUCCCUCAUCCUCCUGCCUUCUUCAGUAUGGGCCUCCUCCCAGGCUUGGCCACUCCCAGCAUUCAGCACCCCCCACCCCUCAGCAGGGUUGGGAGGCAGGCGGAGGAUUUUCGCGGGGGCUGUGCUGGGUGGGCAGUUUUCCCAGAGCAAGGAGCGAAGCUGGACUGAGUUGGCGCCAGCUUCCUCAGAUGUAGACAUCGCUGGCUGAAUGGCCAGCCUGCCCCAGCGAGCUUGAACCCAAGGACUCCCUCAGGCACUGUGUUCCUGCUCUGAGGGCUGCAGCCCUAUACCUCAGGGGAGUGGCAUGCCACAGAGGGAGGCCAGAGGGGCACCAGCAAUGCCAGGAUUGGGGCAUGGCCGGGCUAAGGCCAAAGCACAGUUGCUGCCAGGCACUAACAGGAAGAGGAGCCGCCUUAGCAGGACAAGGCAGGACCUGUGGGAAGAGCCCAGCUGGAGUGACCAAAGAUGGUGCAGAUCUUCCCCUACCCCUCGAGGGGCCAGAGCUAGAAGCCCGGCUCGUGGCAGGAGUGAGGCCAGUCCUGAGAAUGCAGCACGGGAGCGGAGCCGAGUAAGGACGCUGCGCCAGGCCUUCCUGGCCCUGCAGGCUGCUCUGCCUGCUGUGCCGCCUGACACCAAGCUCUCCAAGUUGGAUGUGCUGGUGCUGGCCACCAGCUACAUUGCUCAUCUCACCCGCACUCUUGGCCAUGAGCUGCCCAGUCCUGCCUGGCCACCCUUCCUGCGUGGACUCCGCCACUUGCACCCUCUCAAGAAGUGGCCCAUGCGAUCUCGUCUCUAUGCUGGAGGUCUGGGAUGCUCUGGCCUCGACUUCACCACAGCCAUUGCCUCCUGCCAAAGAAUGAGGGAUGAAGAGAUGGGGUCUCAAGUCUCUGGAGAGGCAGAUGUUCUCCUUCUUACCAGGCCACCCUCACCAGCUCUUGGUGACAAAUGACUACUAUCACACUCAUUCUGUUCUCCUAGACCAUGCUUAGGAACCUGAGUUUUCUACCAGCACCUACCCAUCUUCUCUCUAACUCUCAGCCAUUGGAUUUGACUCUGGCUCAUCUUCCAAGGUCUAGUCUGCAGACCAAGUGAAGCAGCGGUGGAGAGUUCCCAGGAAGCACAGAAUAGAGAGCCUCACCCUUGGCUCUUCUGUGGCAGCUACAAGGAAGUGGGUGAAGAAUGGGUUUGACUUGGUUCAAAGUCAAGUGAGGCACCAUCCCUCCUUUCUCUCCCCUAAGGCUCCUACAAAUCCUCUGCACACAGGUAGAAGACAAAAAUCAUGGCGCAGGUGCAGAAGGAGGGGCCAGGAUGGCAGCUGCCACAGGUGCUGAUGGGAAAGCCAGGGGGCUUCAUAGGUUCUUGGUAGCUUUAAGUGUGAAAAGACUUGGGCCCGUGUCACAUAGCCAGAGGGAAAACAGAAGAAAGAAAUAUGCUUUUUUAUAUGGCACUGUGAGAUGAUUACCCAACGUCAAAGAGGCAGUGAGGAAUUUAGGAUUCUUGUCUCGGGAUGCUGCGUCUCUCCAGCUGCCCCUCAUCACUACAUUUUCUCCCUCUCUGGGUUUUGCAUCCUUCCACUGUUUCUGUUUUGACAUGAGUUAUAUCUACAGGUUAAGACAUAAAGCUUACAUUGCUUACGUUCCAGUUUCUGGAGAAAGUUUUAGAUAGUCUCAGCUGUUUAGUUUGAGAAGAUCUUAUCCCAGAGGCAACUCUGUCUUAAUGGAACCAGGCAACCAUUCAAGGCCCUGCCUAUGCAGGAUGCUGAUAUGCCCAUUUAAAUCCUCAAAGGACCUUAAAAAAAAGAAUGUGCAUCAACCCCCUUUCCAGGGGUCGAUCCUUACAGUCUCCUCUUUCCAUUAUGUCAGAAACCUUACCUCAAAGGAAAACAAGACAGGUCCAGGGUCAGCGGGUUCCCAGUGCUGUUAUUGUCUGAGGUUUCAUUGACUCUGGAGUUAUUUCUACAAUCAGUCUGUAAAUUAGCUCCCUAGGCCAGAUUCUCCCACAGCCAUCAUCCCACCAGGCUGUCCCUAAGUCCUGUCUUGAGACGCCAGAAAUGUGAUAGCUCUGUAAUGGAAUUCAUCACUGGUCCUGAAGAAAUAUUUUGAAGACUAAUCACAGAGUCUACACACAGAGAUGAACUUUCUAGGUCAGAUGAAGCUUCAAAGCCAGCACCUGAAGUGCAGGCAGGGAAGGAACCAACUUUUUGAUAAAUUUCAGCAUGUAGGCAGACUUAAGUCCCAACAGGGUAUGGUUAGUUGCAAGCCAUCACUGUCCUCAUGAGUGUAAAGGUCUGGGGCAGCUGGGAAGAACUGGGGUCGGUCCUCCACAGAGCUGGCUGGGAGCAGGGACUAGCGGGCAGGAGUGACUCAGCAAGCUGGGGUGGAGGUAGGAAAGGAGACACAGUACGUCCCAGCCUGAGCCACAUGGGAUGUGGGAGCAGCUGGACUGUGGAGGGGAGCCAUGGGAGGAGGCCUCAGCCAAGGCCGAACACAUAAAUCUGCCUGGAACCCUGUCUCUGCUGAGAAUCCUGCAGAGCUUGUGCAGAGCUGCUUCUGGGCAGCUAGACGGGGCCAGGCAGGGGCAGAGACCAGGUGUGGGAGGGCGAGAGCAGUGUUCUUCACAAGACCAUAAAAGUCCAGCUUGAGUGUUCUAUUUUUAAAGCUGAAUAGCAGCAUCUUCCUGGUUGAGUUGGAGGGGGUAAGAAAGGUCUCCGAUGAAUUUCGUCCUGAAGAGUGGCACACAGUCUCUUUCUGGGCAUGAAGAAACUGACUUUGGAGUUUUAUUCUGGGGUUCCCUGAGACCCUGGAACUUCUAAUAACUGAGUAGACUUUGAUCUGGAGUUUUCCCUGCCCCACCUUGUUCGGACUCAAGCCUUUGCCUCAUAUUAUCAGACUCUGGGUGACCAUGUCACCCUGGUAUAGAAGACAAAGAGGGCAAAGGGAUGAACCUGGUGAGUCUGAAGAAGGGCAGGUUCCAUCAGGACAGUUUCUAAGGCUGUCUCAAGCCCUUUCUAGGCAAAGUUGUUUUCCUUAGUGCCCAGGACAAUCCUUUGUGGUCUGGGGGUCAUCUUCCUCAGCUGGACAACCAACAUAGUCAGGCCAGGGAGCCAAAGGAAUGCUCAGAGGAUGACUGGCCUUGCCCUCCUUGAUGAGAUGAUGCUGGCCUUGAGGAAUGUCAGGUUGCAGACCAGAAUCCAUGAACCACCCAGAACCAGGUGUAGCCCCUUUGCCUCUGCAGCAGAGCAGGUGGUGUUUAUUCUAGGAGCUAGGGAGCAUGGGUGGAUGAAGCGCUAGAGGCAGCAGAGGCAGCUGAGAUCCCCUAACAGCAAAAGUAUGCAGGAAAGAAGCUGCUAUGUUCUAAUAAAACCCACUUGUUUAAGUAUUAUUUGUGGCUGCCUUCCUGAUACCAAAGCAGAGUUGACUAACCGAGACAGACUGAAAAGCCUAAAAUAUUUACUCUCUGUCCCUUACAGAAACAGACUGCUGACCUCUGCUCUAUCAGGUAUCAAAGGUAUCAGGGGUAUUCAAAAUCUGUUCUGGAAACCUUGGGUGGCCAAAUAUAUUUUUAUAUUAUAAGAUGCUAUUUACUGGGCUGGGGUUGUGGUUCAGUGGUAGAGCACUUG